AUGUCUCGUCCAGAGUUGGUCGCACCUCCUGAGAUCUAUUAUGGAGACGUCGAGGCCAAGAAGUACACCAACAACUCUCGCAUACAACAGAUCCAGGCCGACAUGACCUACCGUGCCUUGGAGCUCCUUAAUCUGCCUCCAGAUGAGCCCGCCUUCCUCCUGGAUAUCGGAUGUGGAUCAGGUCUAUCAGGUGAGAUUUUGGACGAAGAGGGACACUUGUGGGCGGGGUUGGACAUCGCUCCAAGCAUGCUUGAGGUCGCACUUGAGCGGGAAGUGGAGGGCGACUUGUUCCUGCAAGACAUCGGCCAGGGCAUCGGUUUCCGACCCGGAAGCUUUGACGGUGCCAUCAGCAUACGGCGAUUCGACAACACGCUCCGACGUAGUAUUUCUGUUCUGCAAUGGCUCCUGAACGCCGAGACCUCACAUCCAACAUCCUCACCACCCCAUCGCAUCACCCGCUUCUUCACGACCCUCCACGCGGCUCUCAAGAACCCCUCACGAGCUGUCCUCCAGUUUUACCCCACCUCCGACGACCAGAUCCAGCUCAUCACGUCUAUCGCACAAAAGGCCGGGUUUGGUGGAGGCAUCGUAGUCGAUUAUCCAAAUUCCAAGAAGGCAAGGAAGGUGUUCCUGUGCCUCUUCGUCGGAGGCGGUGGUGGGGGCCAGCAGGUACCGAAGGGGCUGGAGGGCGAGGAAGAAGAUGAGGGUAGAGUGCAGUUUGAGAAACGGAGAGAACGGCUAAAGGCAAAGAGUGGCGGGAAGCGCAAGAAUAUUAAGGACAAGGACUGGAUAUUGAAGAAGAAGGAGCUUUAUCGUCAACGAGGAAAGGAAAGCGUACCUAACGACUCAAAAUAUACGGGCCGCAAGCGGAAGCCGGUCUUUUAG